AUGAGUAGUCCUAAAAGAAGAAUAGAAAAGGACGUCAUGGAUUUGAUGAUGAGUGAUCUUGAUGUGACUCUCAUUGAUGACUCCAUACAACAAUUUAUCGUUGUUUUCAACGGUCCAAAAGAUACUCCGUAUUCCGGAGGACUGUGGAAGAUUCGAGUAGAAUUGCCAGAUCAAUAUCCCAUUAAACUGCCAUCUAUUGGCUUCAUGAAUAAAAUAUUCCAUCCUAACAUUGACGAGAGCUCCGGUUCCGUGUGUCUUGAUGUCAUCAACCAAACCUGGUCUCCUAUGUUUGGGUUGUUAAACAUCUUUGAUAAGUUUCUCCCUCAUUUACUUCGGUAUGCUAACCCUAGUGAUCCGUUGAACACAGAUGCCUCGAAUCUAAUGACCAAAGACGAGCAGAAAUACAACGAUACUGUUAAAGAAUACGUACGGAAAUAUGCCUUAUCUUCAACUGCCAACGGAGAUAUUGAAGGUGAGAACGUGGUGGACUCUGACGAAGAUAAUGAAUUGAGUGAUGUGGGUAGCUUAUCAAGUGAUGAUGAAGAUAUGGAAGUACCUGGAAAUAUUGAGUUAUAA